AUGCCCUGGCCCGCACACCGCACCGCGAUCCCCGAGCCCAUCCACCAUCUCAUCCAGCAGAAAGCUGCCGAACUAGCUACCCUCCGCGCGGAAGUCGAGCGGGAAUUGCUUCUCGUCACCCUCCUUGCCGACCCCUUCAAGCAGAAACCCCGCCACCUGGACCCCCGCAACGCCUCCGAGAUCGAGUCGUGGCUGCCUGUCCAGCUCUUCAGAGACAAGCUCGCGCAACACAUCUCCGACGUCUCCAAGUACGCCUCCCCAUCUCUGCAUUUCGGGCGUCUCUAUCGCCGGAUCCACCGCGGGGACUGGAAUUGGAUGUUUACGGAGUAUAUUUGGGAGAUGCUGGAGUCGGUGAUAAAUCGGAGUGAAAGGACUGGAGGAAUGACAUGCGGGAGUUGA